UACGUAUAUUUAAUUUCGUGUCAAAGGUGAAAAUGCAGGCAAAGAUGGAAGGUAACCGUGACGAGAGUGAAAAAUGUGUCAGAAUAGCCUUGAAAGCAGUGUCAGAUGGUGAUAAAGAAAAGGCUCUGAAGUUCCUUCAUAAAGCCAAAAAAUUAUAUCCGACCAAGAAAGUUGAAGCAUUAUUGAUUCAGCUAGAGAAUUCCAACGAAACCGAUAGCGAUUCAGCGUCACAGUCUGCAAGCUCUUCAGAUAGAGGAGGAGACACACCCAAAGCUAGACAGAGAAGAAACUCACAAUCGAGGCAACAGACAUCAGCAGAAACCACAUCCAAUGGUGAUGCACAAAAAGAGUAUACACCUGAACAAUUAGCAGCUGUAGUAAAAAUUAAGAAGUGUAAGGAUUUCUAUGAAAUCCUCGGUAUAGCCAAAGAUGCGGGAGAGUCAGAAAUCAAGAAAGCAUACAGGAAGUUAGCCCUGCAGUUCCAUCCAGAUAAGAACAAGGCACCUGGAUCAGCAGAAGCCUUCAAAGCUAUUGGUAAAGCCUUUAAUGUCUUAAGUGAUGCAGACAAGAGGAAAAAGUAUGACCUGUACGGGGAUGAAUCUCAGCGAGAACGCCAGGUUCAACGCAAUCAACACAGACAUCAUUAUUACAAUAAUGGCUGGUAUUAUGAAACAAGAGGAUUUGAUGACGAUGAAGUCAGCCCUGAGGAUAUCUUUAAUAUGUUUUUCAAUGGUGGUUUCCCAUCAAGUCAUGUCCGUAGGAGACACAUGUACAGACAAGGAAGUCAUAGCCAUGAAAGGAGAGCUGGUGAGGCUAACUACACAUUCAUGGUACAGGUGCUGCCCAUCUUGCUCUUAGUAUUAAUGUCAAUCUUCUCUAGUUUGUUUGUCAGUGAUCCUCUCUUCAGAUUAACACGGCAAGGGAAUUUCAAGGAAGAGAGAAGAACGCCUAAUGAUGUUAUAUAUUAUGUAAAGAAAGAUUUUGUGAAAGAGUACUCUGGCAAGAUACACUUAGUUGAGAGUCAAGUCGACGAGGAAUACAUACAGAACCUAAGAAGAACAUGUUAUGAUGAAAAAUAUAAGAAAGAGAGGAUUAUACAGCAAGCAAGAUACUUUGGAGACAGAAAAAUGUUUGAAUCAGGGAAGAGAAUGAAGACGCCCUCUUGUGACAAGUUCAAUACAAUGUACGACAAGAUAGCCGGUGGAUAAUGACACCUUGCAAGCUUUGCACUAGUAUUUAAUUAUUUUUAUGUACUGAGUGAUAUAGGUAAUAUAAUUAUAAUUCAUUGAUAUUCCUUUCUUCUAUGGAUGUAAUAUUUUAUUCUAGUUUGUUUGGGACCGGGGUGGGAGGGGGGUAGGUUCACAUUUUGAGUGCGAUAUUCCUUUUAAGACGCGAACAUUUUGUGAAAGACGCAAAUAUGAAGAAAAAAAAUCCAUAUGUCAAAAUUUGGAGAAGUGUUUCCCAAAAUUUCUUGCGGCAGCUGAGUUCUCAACAAUUCGUGCGCAGUUUGUGCUGAAUUCGUGUGAAAUCAUAUGCGAAGUACAUGCAAACAAAAUACACAGUACAUGAAUGUUACCAAAAUUGCUAAAUAUUUGUGAUAUUUGUGGAUUGCAUGAGACAUUCGCAAACUAUGUUAUGAUUUGACUAGGGAUUUACAGUGUUUGCGAACAUUGCAUCGUGAUGGUUCUGCACAGUUGAUGGUGCUUAUGAGACAAUCAUGCUUAGGAACAAACUGCAGGAUGCAGGAAGCGUUCGCAUUUGUCCCAAACCAAAACAAGCGCUUCAAAUGAUUGACGAAGCUUCCGACCCUAGAUGCACGUUGGGCUCUACCAUGGUUUAACUUUGACCCCUUUCUCAUUACCACCCUAAAAUUUAGUGGAAACUAGUUUAAUGAAAACUAGUUUAAUAUGUAAUGAGAAUGGUCAAAGCGAUCUUUCAAACCAGUUCGGAAAACCACCUCGCGAUGUGGCUUUCAAGAUCACUUUGCCUUUUUAAACUGGUGUUAGCGUAAGUGAGGACACAACUGUUCUUCGGGAAGCGAUCUUUGCACAUUUCGAGCGCGCUACUCUACACACUGUGUAGAAUGUCUACGCUGCGGUUUCGAAUUUUGUGCGAACAUGUCACCCCCACUGAUAACAUUCCCAUAGCAACAAGGCCACUUUAAGUGAAGUGGUGUUGAAAACCGCUUUCAGGUGAUCAACUGGGAACGCUAGCAAAGCGAUCUUCCAACCUGGUUUCCUGAACCGAUUUCCAGUAACCUAGUUUUAGACAGUGUAAUGAAAACUCUGUCUUUGUGUCUUUCGCAAAACAUUCAUGAGCCCUGUGGAAACUGCACUUUUAGUAAUAUUCUUUAUACAUUCAACAUAUGACAAGCACAAAAAAUUUCCCUGAUGUAUUAUAUUUAUAUAUACACAGUUAUCCAAUAAAUGCAUAUUUAUAGAGAAUGAUAUUUAGAUGCCAUUGGGACUAUAAAAGAAAUACAAAUGAAUGGUAUUAUCAGUACGGAAAAGAGAACUCACUCUGCCAAAUUUUUAAUUCCAACUUUGGGUCCAAUGUCCCAGAGCAACAAAAGAUACAUUAAAAAUUGAAAUAUUAAAGUACAUUUAACUCCCCUGACGCCUUAUAACUAUUACACUAGCAUUUCAAAGAAUAUUUUUGUGCCAGUUUCACAUUUUUCUCACCUCGGUCAAUUUUUGGCGAAAGUAGAUCAUCAACUUCUUGCUUAAGGGCAAAAGCACAAUUGACUUUACUUUAUACAUGUUUUAUAAUAAUAAUAUAGGAUUUGUAUAACGCACGUAUCCACCUUGCUAGGUGCUCAAGGUGCUCCUAUACUAGUAUUUCCCUGGCUAAGCUACUCUACCGAUUCCGGUGUGCACAGCUUUUUUAAGAAUUGCUUCCUGCCAGGUACCCAUUUACCUCACCUGGGUUGAGUGCAGCAAAAUGUGGGUGAAUUUCUUGCUGAAGGAAAACUUUUGACAUACUAUCAAUUGUAUCUUUUAUGCUACUGGGCCUUUUUGUCAAUUUGAAUGCUUCUACCCAGAAAGAAAUAAAAUUGCUUGCAAAUGGAUCCCUUUGAUAUUGUAAAUCAAGUUCCCCACGUGCACACGUUCGCAUACAAGCAUCACAAACACCCAUGUUCACUCCUUACAUACACCCUCACAAGCACCAACAUACCAUAUACACCAUGGCAUAGCCAAGGAACAAUUGAAAUAAUCAUACAUGUACUGAUAAAUAACUGUGCUCUUGGACUUGUAACUGAAUAUGCAAAAAUGAAAAGAUAUUAUUUUUCUGGUAGUGGUUACAGUAAUUUAAAUGUAGAAUAAUAGAUAACUAUUCACACGAUCAUGUACACUUAAUUUUUGUGAGACGAUUUUAAAGCAUAUUUGUCAAAUGGUGAUGUAGUACAUAGUUCUACGAUGAACUUUGAGAGGUAUUGCAUUUUGGUCAUAUUUUGAUUAUCAUAAUCUUUUUAUUCAUCGCAUGGAAUUGAUUUACAUAUAUUUACUGUUCAGAUUUGAUGAAAUAGCGAAGCACAGAAUCGUAGAAACAGUGGGCUUGCUAAUUCCCACAUUGAAUCUGUGCUGGAUUUUAGCCAGAAUUGCUUAAAUUACCAGCUGGAACUGUUUAGUGGAAGCAACAACCAAUAAAAUCCUGAUGGAUUUUGUACGGUGUCACAGGUGCGGCCGUGUUGAAGUUGAUAAAAGGCGGUUUACAAGCACAGUGCAUACAACACUUAAUCACCUCUGCGCUGCAGAAUACUCUCUACACUUCUGAGCGAUUAGCAUGAUAUUAUGAUACCUUGAGUACUGCUGUUUACCUGACCACAUAUCACUUAUUGUGACAGAUUAUUCUUCAAUCUGGAAUAAAUUUAAGAAAUUUUCUUUUCAUCCACUUCAUUUUGAAGUGCAAAUAACAUAAAAGCUGUUACUUUAACCUGCACAAAUCAAAUAGAUAUUUAGCAUAUUCUGUAGCAAGACAUUUGACUCAAGUUGUAGCUAUAGACACUGACAAGUGGUUGUUAUACUCUGAUUAUUGCAGUUGAAGUAGUAUCGACACAAUCUUGAAAAUAUUGUUUUAUAUAUCCUUGUUUGAGCACUUGUCUGUGUACUCUAAUAAUCAGCUCUACUAUGUACAAGAGAUAAAUGGAAAAGAAAGUUACUAAGGUGUUUAAUGGUUACACUUCGUAAUUCCGAAGGUACGUACGUAAUUCCGAAGGUUCUUUAUUCUGAAGGUUCGUAAUUCCGAAACACGUAAAUUGCCUAUACCUCGAUGUUCGUUAAUCCGAAAACGUAAAAGGGUUCUUUAAUCCGAACAUUUGUGGCGUUAUUCCGAAGGUUCG